UUAAAAAACUAAAAGUUAGAGAGGUUGAAUAUAUGGAAACAAGCUAUAAAUUAGAAUCCAUUACGAAAAAUGAAAGAAAUAAUAUUACUACCAAUAUUAAAGAAAGUACGAACUCAUGGACUCUUUAUGUGACGUCUAACUCUAAUUUAAUUGAUAUUUCACAAAAUAUACUCAGCAAUAUUUUCAAGUUAUAUAAUUCGAAAGAUAUUUCUUAUUUUAACACGAUUUUAACCGCACCUUUAUCAAGCUUAAAACAUAUGGGGAUAUUCGAACCUGAAUUACCUAUAUCUUCUUUAUUGAAGGAUGACCAACAAUCACAACAACAGGAUGGUAGCGAAGAUAUUGAUAUUAAAUCUUUUGAAAACGAGAAACCGAUUACCAUAACUUCUGAGAACACACAAGAUUUACGAAACUUAUUACAAUAUUCCAUAAAAUCUCGUUAUUCUAAUUCAGAAAGUAAUUCUAAUAUUAAAGGUCUUACAAAAACUUGUAUCAACGAAAGUCAAGUGAAUUCCUGUGAUAUUAUACCUGGUUAUUCAAUGCGCUGCGUUGGAAAUUCACAAAAGAUUGAACUCUAUGUUUCUAAUGGUAUUGACCAAUCAGAAAUCUUAUCUCAAUCGCGGAUUGCUCCAUUGAGCCAAUUCAUAAAUAUACUGAAAGAUCUUGCAGAUGUUUUUGAAAUUACGCCAAAAGCCAUUCAUAUAUUUUAUGAUAAUAGCGUAAAUUCAAUUGCAUUUAAUCGUGAUGGAGCGUUAUUUUUUAAUUUAAAAUUUUAUAUUGGAUUACACGAACAAGAAUGUAAAAGCAAACCAACGAUUGAUGCCAUGACCUAUUGGUUUAUGAUGUUUUGUCAUGUAUUGGCACAUAAUUUUGUUCAACUUCAUAAUUCUGAAUUUGAA